AUGUCUUUCCUGUCAAGCAGUCUCUCACCAUGUGGUUUAGUUUGUUGCAUGUAUAAAACCUUAUUUCAGCCCUUUAUAUCAUACACUGAUCACACAGCUGUUGCGACUGUUGGUUCAGCUCCCAAAGGCCCAUCUUGGUCUGGCUCAUGCAAACAGCUGAGUAAUGCUCAUGUCAUCCAUUCUAGAGAAGCCUUUCUUGUGCCGCCAUUACUAUUGAACUUUAUUCAAGUUCAGGAUAUAACAAAAACAGUAACCAUGCAGAACGAAGCUGGAGAUUUCGUGGAUAUGUAUAUCCCAAGAAAAUGUUCCGCUAGUAACAGAAUUGUAGCAGCAAAAGACCAUGCUUCUGUACAAAUUAACAUAGCCGAUGUGGAUGAAACCACAGGUCGAAUGACUGGCAUAAACAAAACAUAUGCUAUUUGUGGAAAGAUCAGACAAAUGGGUGAAUCAGAUGACAGUCUUGUUCGCUUAACCAAAAGGGACGGUAUCAUUGCCAAAAAUUACUGA